AUGGCCCCAAAACGAAAGGCAUCCCCUGGGUCGGUUUCACCGGCCAAACGACAAUACAGGAAUGAUCUGAACAUUGAUGAUCCGAUCUAUGAGGAGAAUCACUCUGAAGCUGGAUACUCUGCUUCAGGGACACCUAGUGCUAUGAGCGACGAUAUGAAUGACACUCCGACAACGCCCUAUUCUACCACCUCAAGUCGAUAUCCAUCCGAACUCAAGACCCAUCGCUGUCCAUUCGAAGGAUGUGACAAGGCAUUCAAUCGCCCUGCUCGGCUCCAGGAACAUAUCAGAUCCCACAAUAAUGAACGACUCUUCCAAUGUACCUUCGAAGGAUGCGACAAGACCUUCCUCCGACCUUCUCAUCUCAACCACCAUAUUAAAAGCGCCCACACUGGAGUCCGCGAUUAUCAAUGUGAUCGCUGCGGUAAGAGCUUUGUUACUGGAUCCCGUCUCCGCCGUCACAUUGCAGCGCAUGAGGGCCAGGACAAGUACCGCUGUCAUGAUUAUCCACCUUGCAACGAGACAUUCCGAAAGCAUUCCACUUUACAGAAACACAUCUUGACAGUCCACUUGCAUCAGAAGCCAUUUCCGUGCGCACAUAUCGAUGAAGCGACUGGUCAGCAAUGCCAAAUGGCGUUUGAUACUGCUGGUCAUCUUCGAGCCCAUGAGAAUCGAGUCCACAGCGACAAUCGAUUCAGCUGCGCAGAGUGCACCGAGCAUAUGGAGGAGCAAGCCUCUGCAAUGGGGUUAUCUGGAGAAGGGGGCAGUCAAUUAGUCUGUUUCCCAACAUAUGCUCUUCUACAAGAACAUAUUCGAACAGUUCAUCCACCGAAUUGUCCGCAAUGUCCAAUCGUUUGCUCAACCUCACGAGAAUUACGACGUCACCUUGAAGUUGCGCACGGAGAUGUCGGAUUAGAAGACAGAAAAAUCUUUGACUGCACACAUCCUGGUUGUGAUCGCAGCUUUACGAAAAAGGGAAAUUUGACUGUCCACAUCCGCACCGUCCAUGAAGGCGAAAAGCGAUUUGGGUGUGGAGAAACUGAUUUGUCCAAUUCGAAGAAAGUUAUUGGCUGGGAUGGAGUUGGUUGCGGUAAAAGAUACGGCAGCAAACUUGCACUCGAAGAGCAUAUUCGCACAGCUCAUCUCGGCUUCCAGAAUGCUAAGGCAGAGCGGCGCCAGCGUCAGGGUCUUUCUAACAAGAGCCCAAAGGACAUAGCCGCUAGCAACCAAAUGUCAACCUUAGCAGCUCUUACUGGCCAAGGCUAUGCUGAAGAAACAGGUCGUCAUAUCCCAUGUCUCUACAAUUCAUGCCAACAUCGUUUUCAUCGUGACUAUGACUUGUGGGUUCAUAUGACUGCCAAACACAAUUGCACUGAAGACGAAGUGCAAGGACUUUUCAUGCAACGUGCUCUUUUGGGAGAUCAGUCUGGACCAAACACGCUUGGUAUCUAUGGACUUGAGUUUGACGAUGCCAACAUGAGCUUCCAAGAUGGACAUGUUCUUGGAGAGAACACUUCAAAUAAUUUUUCGACAAACCAGGAUGCACCUUACCACCAUGCGCAGCCUGAUCAGGAAUCUGACUUCGUGAUGCAAGACAUGUUUCUUGCAGAGACUAAGCAGAAUAAUAAUACCAUGACGUCAAACCCCAACGAACUGGGUAUGAUUGAUCCCGUUCUUGCUUAUCAUCUGAUGGAAGAAUGA